CUGCGGUACUUACUACCCGACCAACUCUACUACUCCAACCCAGAACUGAGGUCUGAUGAGUUUAGACCAGGUGCUGUCUCAGAUAUUUACAGUAUUUCUGGUUUUCAAAAAAUAAAACCGAAAGUGCACAAUUUCUACACGAAGAAAGACUUCAUGAGAUGUCUAAGACUGGGACGGUUGCCUGAUGGAGUUGAGGUGUCUGAUGAUAGUGAUGCUUAUGUUGACAAGUUCGGAGUUAUCAGAACUAAUGACGGGCCGUUCUGGCCAGAGGGAGCGCUGCCGCUGUUUGGUACUCCAAGGUUCAAGUGGUGGGUGGUCGACUCGCCAGAACCACUAUACGACUACCAGUCGUGUGA